AUGGUUUCUGAUUUGGCAUCUCAGCUCGCUCGGAUUAGCGCCAACAAUACCGUGGUGCUUGAUCGCAAGAAGCAAAAGGCCAUCCACUCCAAAUCCUUAAUAUUCGAUCCUAAACAAGCUGCUGGACAAGACUAUGAAACCAUCUUUAGUUUUUCCAGUGAUGGUCUUUCUGAACUCGAGUUGAUUGACCCUCGAUUUUCUGCAUUCAGAAGCAAUAUUUUUUCCGAAACUUCAAUUACUGUCGACAGAAAUACUCAGACUGCUGAGCAAAACACAUUACUGGACAAGGCCAUCGAAGAGUUUUUCUUGCUCGUUGCUCCCAGACUCAAUCUUAAACCUGCCAUUACUGCUUUAGAAUGGCUUGUUCGAAGAUUCCAUGUUCACAUCCACAAUGCUCAAUCUCUGAUAUUGGCUGCUCUUCCCUACUACGCCUUGCCCGUAUUUCUUAGAAUCCUAGACACUAUUUCUACCCCUCUUCCUCCAGUAUUCAACUUCCUCAUGCAUUCCAAAAAGACAGUCAAGAACCCCAGCAGAACCCUGCUUGUCCGCGCUUUGGCCGCAGAUCCCGAGCUCCAAAAGUUGGUCUGCUCUUACAUUGUAAAUUCCAUCAAGCGUGAUCGCGAAUAUCAACUUCAACUUGCUUUCUGGUCUUCGACUUCUAUUUGGACCAUGACUUUGAUGAAGGACAAACGCGUUGAAGAUGAAGAUAUUAUUGAUAGAUAUAUUAGCUUUAUUUCUGAAGUUAUCCCCCUUACAAAACAUAGCGAAGCUCAAAUCGCUGCAUACAUGAUUUUAUCUGUUUUAGCCUCAAUCACUCAUUUGAGCAGUGAAGUUUUAAACGCUGCCAUUAAGUCUGUUGUCUUUAACUGGAGUCCAGACGCCUCUAAAAGCGGUCUUGCCUGUGUGACACAACUUGCAAAGAGCCUUGACGAUGACACUGUUUUUGAAAAGUCUACCUGGGAAUCUCUCAACUCCGAGUCCAUUCUCAAUGAGUUUGUCCAUCUUGGACAAUCUUACAAUAUUUCUUCUUUUACUACCCUUUAUUUACUUUCAAUCUUCAAGUACCAAAACUGGAAACUUUUGUCAAAGGUUUCUUACAUCAUUACUAAGUGUCAUAUAACUGAAGACCAGCUUAACACCGUUGUUGAAACUGCCAUCUCUUCUUUGAAAAACUCCGAAGUUCCAGCUGAAUACAUAUUUUCAUUUCGUCGCUUUGUUGAGUUUCUCCUUGAGAAUGAGCAGAGUGAAAAAGCUCUCAAAACUGCUUUGGAAUCUCUUGAUCUUUCUCUCGAAGCUUUGGAGCUUCUUGUGCAAUCUUCUCUUGUUUCCCGCCUUUUGCCCCAUUCUUAUGACCAAGAUAUCGAACUCGAAGAUAUUGAAAAAUCAGUAGCUUCUUCAUCUUCUGUCGAAUCUCAAAUAACUGCUCUUAGCGAGUCCUCUGUUCACUCUUACCUCGACUCUGAAAACAAUGACGAGUUCGAAAUCAGAGGAUCCAUCUUUUCUUCUGCUUUGGACAGAAUCCAAACUGUGGACAAUCUCAAAUCUCUUUUGAAGCUCAAACCAAGCCAAGUUCCUUCUUUUCUCGCAAGGAUCUGGACUGGCGUAUAUGCAUCUGUCGCCCGUGGCUAUGCUCUCAUGCUGAUGCAAUCUUUUAUUUUCUCCGAGCCUGCAUUCGAUUACCAGGGUAUUAUUCCUUUUACUUUGAUUGCUUUGGUUGAUGAUUCUGAAAGAGUCAGAAAAAACGCUAUUGCUGUUCUCAAGGCUAUUGUCAAGGCUUAUGAAACCCUUCCUAAAGACUUUACUGUCUGGGGUCUUGAGGAUAUUUUUGGAUCUGGCGAAAAGAGCAGCGAAGUCAAGUGGUGUUCUAUUGACAAUGUCGAGUCUUUCUUGAAAAACCACAUUCUCAACUAUGCUGAGGAAAUUCAGCUCAGCACUACAAAAGUUCUUUCUUCUUUGUCUGAUCUUUUCAAUAGCGAUGCUAAAGCUCAAAGGGCUAUUACUAAUGAAGUCUUUGCUGCAAUUGCUUCUCACUCUGUUUAUUGCAAAAUUCCCAACCCAAAAACUGCUCUUUUGCGUUUAAUUAAUGUUUCCCAAAAGACAAAAUCCAAGUUUUUGGGUCCUCUUUUAUCGACUUGGUUUAAGGAACGUGACUCUUAUCAAAAGAUUUGCACAGAAACCCAAUCUUCGUUCGACGACCUUGAGAAUGAGAUCUUUAACAUUCUUUCCUCUGGAGAACAAAACGUCGGAAUCACCUUUUUGGAAGAGGCUAUCAAGUCUGGAGUCCCAUCUGUUGCUGAAAAGGUGACUAAGAAGAUUAUCCAAUUGUGGAGUGAAUUCAAGCCCAAAACCCAGCUCCAACUUUUGAAGCUGCUUAUUGAACAUACUCUUGAUGAUGAUUGCUUCUUUGAUAGCAGCGAUAUCUUUAACGCUAUUCAAGUUUCUGCUCAAACUUUUGAAACCAUUCUUUCUGAAUGCACUCUUGAAUCUUCAAGUCACGCCAAUACCCAAGCUUCUGUUCCUAAGAGAAGAAGACAUAGCAGUGGUGCUGCCAAACAACUUCUUAGAACUGGAGAGAUUGCACAGGUCGCUGAGCGUCACCUCAAGAAAACUACACUUGUUUUGGAGAUUAUGGAGAAAAGCAAGCCUGUUGCCAAUGUUCACCUGCUUUCUCAACUCUUUACGAUUCUCAGUGAAAUUUUGACUCUUGGUGCUGAUUCCAACCUUCCUGUUGAUUACACUGAGCAGGUUUUGGCUAAUUGCAUGAUUUAUCUUGUCAAUAGCUUGAAGACUCAGCCCAAUAUCCGACUUGACUCAAACAGUAUGCGUUUUGACAUUCUUGUUUCCUGCAUCCGCAACUCCAACAGCAAGCAAGUUCAAAACAGAUUUCUUCUUUUGGUUGCCAACAUGGCCCCAAUGGCUUCCGAUACAGUGCUGCACAGUGUUAUGCCCAUCUUUACAUUUAUGGGUGCUAAUACUAUUCGCCAAGAUGAUGAGUUUUCAGCCUAUGUCAUUCAGCAGACAAUCACCCAGGUCAUCCCUGCUUUACUUGGAAACACUACUCAAAACAAGGACGAAGAAAUUGAUUUCCAAUUUUUGAGUUUUGUGAUUGCAUUUUCCCACAUUCCAAGACACCGUCGCAUUAGACUCUACAGUACUCUUGUCAAGACUCUUGGUUCUAAUACUCUUCACAGACUGUUGUAUCUUUUGGGCGAAAAGUACCACGAAGCUAAGACCAAGCGAAAGAACUCUGAAGCCAAGGCUCUUGUUCAAUUUGCUGAUGCCUUUAUCCGUGGGUUUUCUGUUGUUGAUCAGGGUGUCAUGAUUCACAGUUAUCUCGAGUUUCUGAAUUUAAUUCCUUUGGUGGAGCCCACUGCUAAGGAAAGAAAUGAAAAGGCAACUCCCUUUUUGCGUCGCCAAAUUUUUAGAACUGUUGUCGAGCUCCGAACUCCUGGUCUUUUGGCAUUGAAAAGCCAUCUUCUUGAGUUUCUUUCCCUCAUCAUUUCCAACGAGCAGGUCAGCACUGAAAACUUUGAUCCUCUUCGUAUUUCAAUCGGCAGACUUUUUGCUGACAAAUCUGCUUUAGAAGAUCAAGAACAGCUCAAGAAGAGUUCUGUGGAAUCUAUUUUCUUGAUUCUCAAGAGCUUGCCCGAGGUUCAAGGUUUGAAGUUGAAUGCUGAUAUUACCAGACCUGUUACUAAGGCUUAUUACACUUUAUUGGAUAGCAUUCUUGAGUUGUUGCCUAUUGAUGUAUUUGUUCAAACAUUCCGUGAGAUUCUUCUUAAUUCAUCUGAUAACAAGAUUAAAAUCAACUCUUUGGCUCUUGUUCGCAGUAAGUUUGAAAUCGAGGCUUACAUUAAUGAUGAUGCCAAUGCAGCUGCUCGUGAUGCAUUUACUUCUAUUUUGGAACUUAUCAAGUCUAGCGACAAUGACGAAAUCAUUCAAAUGUCUUUUGAUGCCCUUGACAGAAUUGUUUCCAAAUAUUGGGAGCAGUUUGAUCCUAAGGAGCUUCUUGAAGUUGUUUCCAUUGCUGUCGGUCCCAAAGGUAUCAAGCGCGCUCAAGUCGACAAUCUUGUUUCUGCUGUUGGCGCCAUUAGCAGUGUUAUUUCUGCUGUUGGCGCCAGAAGCAUUGGCUUUUUCAACAAAAUUAUCCCUGUUUUGUUUGAAAGAUUUGAAAACAGCGUUGCUCCGAAUACCACCGUUUCGGCUAAUGAUUCACGCAUGAUUCAAAUCUCUACUUUUGCAUUGACUGCAAAUCUUGUGCAGAGACUUCCUUCUUUCAUGACAACUUCUCUUUCAAAGGUUCUCAAGCUUGUUUUCAUCUCUACUAUUGAUGUUGAUACUAGACUCAGACUUUUAGAAACUCUUUCCAAUCACAUUGACCCUAAGAAGCUUCUUAAUGCUUACAUUGAGUCUUGGACAUAUGCAGUUAAUUCUAGCUGGGAUGCAAUCAAUUUGUUUUUGGUUUCCAUUGACAUUAUCGUGAGCUCUGUUGAACGUAAGGUUGUUUCUUCCAUUGCUGGUGGUCUUAUCGAAUUCUUGCUUUCUUCUUUUGAAGCUAGAACACUUGGUGACAAGUAUGAUGCCAACACCUACAACCGCAUUGAGAUGUCCUUGAUCAAGACUGGUCUUCAAAUUGUCAUGAAACUUAAUGACAAGACUUUCAGACCUUUGUUUGUCCGUAUGGUUCGCUGGGCUAUUGAUGGCGAAGGAAGCUCACCUUCCUUUGAUCCUGUUCAACGCAAGGUCAUUUUCUUCAAGUUUUCUGGAAGAAUGUUUGGUAGUCUUAAAUCUAUUGUUACCAGCUAUUACGGAUAUGUUGUUGAUGCUACUUGCGAUAUUCUUGAUGAUUACCUGAAUGCUGAAAAUCGUACAGCUCUUGUUAACAACAAGGCGUCCAAUGUUUUACGCACCACUAUUCUCCAUACUUUGGCAGUAUGCUUCCAAUACGAUCGUGAAGAAUUUUGGCAGGCUUCUGCAAGAUUUGACAAGAUUUCUACAUCUCUUCUUGGCCAGUACGCUACUAUUGAGCCCAACCAAGGUAAGGCUCUUGUCAAGGCUGUUGUGGCUUUGGCCGAGACUGUUUCAGCGCAAGAGCAAUACAAGAUCAUCAAUGAUGGCGUUGUUAAGCAUCUUAAGGAAUCUUGCAAGGUCAAUGAAAAGAUUUGGGCCAUUCGUACACUUAAGGCUCUUUAUUCUAAGCUUGGUGAAGAAUGGGUACCUAUGCUCAAUCCUCUUGUCCCCAUCAUUGCUGAGCUUUUGGAAGAUGAUGAGGAGAGUGUUGAACAAGAAGUUACAAAGAACCUUGUUCCUGUUGUCGAGGAGGUUCUUGGUGAAAGUCUCGACAGAUAUCUUUCGUAA